AUGGCUGUACGUAGAGCUAGUCACUCUGGGACAUGGUACAACGAGUCUGCAAAAGAACUCAGCAAUCAAUUAGAAAACUGGUUAGGUGCUGCUGAACUCACUCAUGGGCCUGCUAGAGCCAUAAUAGCUCCACAUGCCGGAUAUCAAUAUUGUGGUGCUUGUGCAGCAUUUGCUUAUCGCCAAAUAAGUCCAUUUGUCGUGCAACGUAUUUUUAUACUUGGACCCUCGCAUAAUGUUCGUCUAUCCGGUUGUGCUUUGUCAAGCGCUGUUAAGUAUAGAACACCGUUUUAUGAUUUACAAAUUGAUAAUGAAGUAUACGAAGAGCUCGAGUCAACUGGACAUUUUGAACGAAUGAGUAUGAAAGUAGAUGAAGACGAACAUAGUAUUGAAAUGCAAUUGCCUUAUAUUGCCAAAGUGAUGCAAGACUACAAAGAUAAAUUCACUAUUGUGCCAGUAAUGGUUGGCUCGUUAAGUACUGAAAAAGAAUCUCUCUAUGGACAUAUAUUUUCUCAAUAUUUAGCAGAUCCGAAAAAUCUUUUUAUUAUAUCUUCAGAUUUUUGUCAUUGGGGACAAAGAUUUCGUUAUACAUUUUAUGAAAAAUCUUGGGGUGAAAUUCAUCAAUCAAUUAAAACUCUAGAUCAUAAGGGCAUGGAUACUAUAGAAACUUUAAAACCAGCUGCUUUUGUUGAAUACUUGAAAACUUUCUCUAAUACUAUAUGUGGUAGACAUCCGAUCAGUGUUCUAUUACAGGCGGCAAAUCAUUUACGGACUCAAAAAUUAUCACUCAAGUUUCUAAAAUAUGCUCAGUCUAGCAAAUGUUACAAUCUGGGUGAUUCAUCAGUUAGCUAUGCAUCUGCAUCCCUUAUAAUUGAAUAGUAAUAUAGUACUUCAUAGUGAAAUUUUUAAUUCACAUUUUUCUAAGUAUAAGUUAACAGUGUUAACACUAAAUUUAAAAACUAUAUACUUAAUUACAUAAAAUUGUAAACCAUAAUGAUAAUCA